AUGUCCGAACAUGGCAGCAAUGAGUCGAGACGGUCCUCCUCACAGACGUCCAAUCAGUCGGCCGAAUUCAAGAAACCCAAGACCCUCCGGGGUGCCCCCAAGCGUCAUGGCUCGAAACACUCCUCUAAAUCUUUCGAAGAGGACGACCCUUCUCUGACCUCGUUCCCCUCGUUUUCUCCAGAGGCAGAAACAAAAUCGGCAAGCGUUGCUCAAGAGGCGGUUCCCAAACACAUACGUACGAUAUCACAGAAGGCAAGGGAUAGGAAGGCCACUCUGGCCGGCUUAACAAGCGCAUCCCCUUCGCUCAAUAGACAAAAUGCGCUGUUUGACGAUUCCCCGCGAUCAUCUUUGGAGAUCCCCGGUUCUUUGCAUCUGGCUAGCGACGAGCACAUAGAAAGACUCAUCGCCAGGACUGGUGCUGUCAAAUUGGUCCGUCAGUAUGCCUCCGAUCUUGCUCAAAGAGACGCGGAGAUUUCUGCUCUACGAAUUCGAGCAGAUCACAGGGAAAGAGAAUUGAAGAAGAUCCUGCGCGAGGCCAAUGUCCCUACGGCAGAGGUAGAGAAAAGAUUGCUCAGAUUGGAACAGGGAGAAAGUGACUCGAAUGUCCAUUCUGGCUCAGUGGAUCGGACAGCUGCGUUGCUGGACGGGAUGAUGAGCGAAGCCAUGGCGGAUGGCAUUGUGGUCAACAGUCCCUUGGACACUGAUUUCCCGGCUGGUCAUGUCUCAGAUACUCGAAGCCCUCCAUCAGCAUCACACGCUGACCUGGAGAUGAAUCGCAGUAGGGCUGGUUCUCUGGCAUCGAGUCUAGCCAAGGCAAGCCGAACCCCCAGUAGGGCCAACAGCAGUGUGAGCGACAGUAGCCAGGAUAUGGAAGCCACGUUACGACCCCGGGUACCAAGCUCAACCACCUCCAAGUUGUCUGGUCUGCAGAGUAUAUUCCAGCCUCCCUCACAGUCCUCGAGCUACUUCAUUGGCGGCAAAAGCGUCAAGAAGCCCAAGGCCAGCGAUGAAGCCAGUGUGCGCUCUAGCCAGUCUACUCGAUCCUUUGCCUCGUGGACACAAAUUUUUGGUGGAAAGUCCCAGCCUAGUCGAUCUAGGGCAUCGUCACUGGGACAGCAGAAUACACCUGGGGAGGUAGAGCCGGCUGCACCGAAACCACGCAUGGGCCCGCCUCUGGUUGCCACCAAAUCGUCUGCCUCCCUUCCAACAACUGGGACGGUCAAAAGCCGCCCCCCAGCAAAGCGCGUACCUACUGCCACGCGACUGUCCGCCAGUCCAAAUCAUGUGCGGAAGGGGUCAAACGCAAGCAGCCUUCCUCCGACUGUCGAACUAGAUUCUAUGAUUGAAAGUUCUCAGCUACCUCCCACCAUGACAACACAGAAUGUGGACAGCACCGGGCUAUUGACGGACCGCUUCGGCUUCAUCUACGACCAGAAACGGCGGAAAAGGCAAAGCCUUCCGGUUCGAGCACACCGACGAAACAGGCUGAGCGGUGCCGAAACCAUUGCUAGUUUUAGAGCUGGCGAACAUGCACCAGCUGAUGAACUCUCAGCCGAAAGACCCAUCACGCCCGUCUCAGUGGAUGAUGAGGCACCUAAAAAGUCGUGGCAAGAGUACCUUAAAGUGCCCGCAGCGCUGUCUUCGGGAAGGCCCAAGGAAUUACUUUCACAUACGCCGUCUGCUGGAGCUGUUGUCACUGUCAGUUCAGUGGACGCCGCAGGCACUACAACGCCACCGCGUCGAAGCCGGGAGGCCUCCAUUUCGGUCUCUGCUGCUUCGCAAAAGGCACUUCCAACCACCAGUGUGGUGAUGGAACCGCAGCCCUCCACAGUGACGGCGACCUCUGCCGACUUUACACCGGAUUCCGAGUCCGACUCUAUAGGCGACUCCGGCCCCGCGAAGUUACUUUUGGAGCAACUGACAGAACUGCACGACGCACUUCAAGCUGAAAGAGCUGUCCGGUGGAACGACUUUCUACGUCGAGUCAGAGCGGAAAGGGCAAACAACGCCGACCGCGCUAGCAACAGCAACACGCCUGAAGCAGACCUUCUCAGCGGCGAACUUAUAGGGAUAGCAACCCUUGGGCGCUCGACAAAGACGAAGGCAAAGUACAUGCACUUCAAAUCACUGGUUCUGGCUGGGAUACCCGUCUCCCUCCGGCCAAAGAUUUGGGCCGAGUGUUCUGGGGCAAGCGCUUUGAGAAUUCCAGGCUACUAUGAAGACCUUGUUGCCCGAUCACAAGACGGCACCGACAUCGACCCUGACAUUGCAAGCCAGAUCAAGGCGGACGUUCACCGGACACUCACCGACAAUGUGUUCUUCCGUCAAGGGCCUGGCGUCCAGAGGCUGGAGGAGUUGCUGAGGGCCUAUUCCUUGCACAAUCCACGCAUUGGGUACUGUCAAGGUAUGAAUCUCAUCACAGCGUCUUUGCUGCUCAUUUGUGCGACAGCAGAAGAUUGCUUUUGGCUUCUCGUUGCCAUUAUUGAUGUCAUUCUCCCGAGUCAAUAUUUCAGCUCGACCCUGCUUGUGGCUCGGGCUGAUCAGGUGGUUCUUCGGCAGUAUGUUGCGGAAGUUCUGCCAAAGCUCAGCGCCAAAUUGGAUGAGUUGGGUGUUGAAUUGGAGGCGUGCACGUUUCAUUGGUUCUUGUCGUUGUAUACGGGCGUUUUGACGGGCGGCGAGGCCUUGUAUCGCGUUUGGGAUGUCAUUUCCGACGCUCCUCCACAAGCCUUGAACCAACCCAAGACUGCGCUCUCGGUGGAGAUGCCAUCCCUCGGUCUGACAAGUGGCCCAUCUACACCUGUGACGCCAUUGCACCCCCAAACCGAACCUAACUCCACCGCAGACGACUCCUCGGAUGAGCAUGACGGGACAUCGUCGCCGUUCCUCUUUCAAUUGGCCCUCGCUUUGCUGAAGCUCAAUGAAAACGCCAUCCUCGCACUCGACUCCGCGGCGCAGGUGUAUACGUAUAUCAACCACAACAUGACGAACCACGCCAUCAGCAUUGAUGCCCUGGUACAAGCAAGUGAGGCGUUGAGGACGAGAAUAGUAAGAAAGGAAAUGUUGGAGAGGAGGAAGCAAGCGAUCAAAGAGUUGGGACCGUGA